CGGAGACCUUCUGUUGGACGUGAACGACUAGUCCUACCUGCCUGCCUGCCCGUCUGUCUGUCCACUCGACAGUCAACACAGACGCACCUUGCAUGCCGAGCACCCACUACGUCAACCAGGUUGCGCCCCUGAAUCGCCACUCGCCACGCACCGCCGUCGAAAUGGCGUCGGGCCAAGAUGAGAGCUUCACCUUUACCGUGGGCAAGCUCGACGCCGGCAUGGCCAUCCUGAUUGGCGAUCGUGCGAGUCUGAUCGAGUUCCCCUCGCUGCUCCUGCCUCAAGAUGCCACGUCGGGCUCCGUCGUGCGCAUCUCGGUCUCUCGCAACCAAAAGGAGGAGGAGCGGAAACGGCGCGAAUUCGACGACCUCCAGGAAGACGUCCUCGAGACGUUUGGAACGCGGGCGCCCGUCGCGCCUGCGCUGCGGUUGCGCGCCGUCACGCAGACGUCCAUCACGCUGGAGUGGGACAGGCUGGACCUGGCCACGUCCAAGCUUCUGAGUCUCGACAUCUACCGCAACUCCGAGCGACUCGCUCCGAUCCCCAACCCGCUCAACAACACAAGCACAAAGUUGUCGGGCCUCGAGGUCAACAAGCCCUACCAAUUUCACCUCAUCCUCAAGACGACGGCGGGCACAUUUACGUCCAACGUCGUCCGCACAAAGACGCACGACAUGAGCGACACCUCUGGCAUCAGCGUCUGCUUUGGCUACGUCGCCGGCGGCGCGGCGCCCUCUGAGCACGACGGCGAGCUCUCGGAGCUCGAGGCGCGGGCGCGCGAGACGCUCGAAGCCAUGGGUGCACGCUUCAGCGACCGGAUCCAGAUUGACACGACACACUUUGUAUGCACCCACCCGCGCAACCGGACCGACUCGCCCGGCGAGGCACAGGGCAACGAGCGGACGCGCGAGAUGCGCGGCGCCAUGUUUAACAAGGCCAUGCAGCUCAGCAUCCCCGUCGUGCUGCCCCACUGGAUCUUUGCAUGCGCAGAGCAGAAGCGCAUGGUGCCCAUCUCGGCCUUCUAUAUCGACAAGGAGCCGCCGAAUGCAACGGCCGUUCGCGCCUCGCUUUCCAAGGGCAAAGGUGUGUCAGCCAAUAACGACGAGGCAGCAGCAGCAGCGGCAGCGGCGGCAGAAAGCAGCGCAAGAGCCCAGCAGUCGCUCCCUCCAACACCAGCGCAUGAACAGCCAACGCCGACAUCUGCCACGGCGGAUAUCCCAGCGCCAGCAGCCGCGGAACCAGGACCAGAGGCGAGACAUAUCGAGGAAGAGUCUGGUGCCGCGGGCGAUACAGCCGCCAUCGCCACCGAAGAGGAGCCGGACUCGAGCGUCGUAGUAGCGGCGGCGGAAGAGAAGGGAGAGGGGCAAGAGUCUUCGGCAGCUGUGCCGUCGUCGUCGGCAACAGCGCUAAAGGACGACGAGGAGACGAUGGACGAUGUGAGCCUUGGCGGCGGGGCCAGCGAGGUCAAUCUCGCCAGCGGCGCAGGGGUGCCGCCGUCUUUGACGGACGCAGCGUCAGCCGAUGCGCCAGCCGACGAAGAGGUCGAUCUGUCUUGAGCGAGACGUUUCUCGCAUGCUGGAAGAGGUAGCAUGACCAUGUGUCAAGAAUGAUGAUGAUGAUGCAACAAUGAUUUUGUGCCAAGCCAGCUAGAUC